UUUCUCCUCCAAGUCCCUAGGGGCUGCAACCCGCUGCUUCCGUUGUCGUAGUACUUACGUUUUCUCUGCGCCGGAAGGAGAACCCGUGCGCGCUUUUGGAAUUAUGGCCGCCGUGGACAUUCGAGAUAAUCUGCUAGGAAUCUCUUGGGUUGACAGUUCUUGGAUCCCCAUUUUGAACAGUGGAAGUGUCCUGGAUUACUUUUCAGAAAGGAGUAAUCCUUUUUACGACAGGACAUGUAAUAAUGAAGUGGUCAAAAUGCAGAGGCUAACAUUAGAACACUUAAAUCAGAUGGUUGGAGUGGAAUAUAUCCUUUUACAUGCUCAAGAGCCCAUUCUUUUCAUCAUUCGGAAGCAACAGCGGCAGUCCCCUACCCAAGUUAUCCCACUGGCUGAUUACUAUAUCAUUGCUGGAGUGAUCUAUCAGGCACCAGACUUGGGAUCAGUUAUAAACUCUAGAGUGCUUACUGCGGUGCAUGGCAUUCAGUCAGCUUUUGAUGAAGCUAUGUCAUACUGUCGAUAUCAUCCUUCCAAAGGGUAUUGGUGGCACUUUAAAGAUCAUGAAGAGCAAGAUAAAGUCAAACCUAAAACUAAAAGGAAAGAAGAACCAAGCUCUAUUUUCCAGAGGCAACGUGUGGAUGCUUUACUCCUAGACCUCAGACAAAAAUUUCCACCCAAAUUUGUGCAGGUAAUGAGAAUCAAAAGUCUGGAGAAAAGCCUGUCCCAGUGGAUCAGACAAAGAAAGAGGCAGAACCUAUACCAGAAACUGUAAAAUCUGAGGAGAAGGAGACCACAAAGAACAUCCAACAGACAGUGAGCACUAAAGGCCCUCCCGAGAAACGAAUGAGACUUCAGUGAGUAUUGGACACGAGAGAAGCUUGCAAGACCUCUUGUCCAUUAUUAUACCUCAUUACUGUGACAGGCUCUUGAACUGUAAAAUUCUUUGUCACAGCCCUCUCAUUUGUAUAGAAUGUGCUUGUUCUUUAAGAAAGGAUAUAAGGACGCUCAUUCUUUCGAUGUGAAUAUUUUUAUGUAUCUUUUGUAACUUUUCCUUAUUGGACUUGUGCAGCUGCCUUACAUGUGUACUGCUAUAUAUGUUUAAAACCAAAUAAAGGUAUUUGUAUAAAUUA